AUGGAUCUUUUUUUAAUUUGUUUUAGAAAUUUAUAUAUUAGAAAUUAUAUAAUAAAAUAUUUAAGAUUGUAUAAUAACACUUAUAGAUAUAGUUAUUUAGCAAAUUUCAAAUACCCAAAUCAAUUAAAUACUCUUGAUCCAUUUAGCGAAUAUAUAACACAUUUAAAUUUGGUUUCAAUAUUUGAUCCAAAGGGCCUAAGUCUAAAAAGUAUCAAGUAUACUUUCCCAAAUUUAGAACAUUUGCUAUUACCUAGUAUUUUUAAUGAUGUUAUAAAGGUUCAAGAUUUUGGUAAUAGAUUAAAGUCGAUAGUGUUUGGCGACGAUUUUAAUAAUGAGUCAUUCUCAUCAACAGGCAAUGAAAAUAAUGGGUUGGUUUUACCGAUGGGUUUAGAGAAAGUAGAAUUUGGGUUUAAAUUUAACAAAGAAAUUAGCAAAGGAACACUACCAUCUAGUUUAAAGUCCUUGGUAUUUGGAUACAGUUGGAAUUUAGCUUUAGAUAAAUUAAAUAUUCCGGAUCAAUUAGAGAUUUUAAAGUUUGGAAGAGGCUUUGAAAGAAAGUUGGGCGGAGUAAAACUACCAUCAGGUUUAAAAUCAUUGGUCAUAAAGUCAAAUGUUGUCAUUCAUGAAAAUGUGCUCCCAAUCGGUUUAAAAGAAUUAAGGUUACUAGAUAAAUACAACUCUCCAUUUAAAACUGCCAAUGUAAUACCAUCAACGCUAGAGUACCUUGAGGUUGGAAACUCCUUCAACCAAGAUUUAAGCAUUGCAUUAUCCUCUUUAAAGUCCUUGAGGGUAUUGAGGCUUGGCGACGAGUAUAAUAUCAAGCUUCGAAAAGGUUCGCUUCCGCCAUCGUUGACCAAUAUCGAGUUUGGUAAUUAUGUGCACUUAUUGGAGCCAGGUGUUAUUCCACAUUCAGUUACUGAUAUUACCUUUAAAGACUCUUUUUCAGAUAAAAGGUUAUUGUCCAUUUUAGUGCCUGGAAGUUUACCACCGGUCGUCGAGUUUAAAAUGGGUCACUACUUUAACAUACCUAUUGCACCAUCUGUAUUGCCAUCAACGAUCAAAUCAUUGAAUUUCAGCGACAAUUUUAAAACAAAGCUUGAAGAUUAUUCGAUUCCAUCAUCAGUAGAAAAACUCGUAUUUUGUAGUGAUUUUAAUCAAAACCUACCAAUUCUUCCAUCAUCACUCAAGAUUUUAAAACUUGGCCACUCAUUUAAGAAAAAGUUAAAUAUUGGAUCUCUUCCUUAUGGUUUAACAUAUCUAUCAAUGAGUAGCUACGAAUUC